AUGAGGUGAGGUGGGAAGGGAUGGAUUUAAAGGUUGCACCAUGCACAAGUUCAGGGAGGCAGUCGAUGUGCAGGGAGAGUGGGAGGGAGCCGAGAGGGUGAAACAAGGGGUUGCCUUUGCGACUCAGUAUCUGCACAGUAAGGGGUAGGAGAGAGCUGCAUUUUUUACCCUGGCCAGGCACACUGGACGAUACCAGAGUCUAGCCUUCUAAUAUAUGCAUCAGUUCCUCAGGUUGCCUGUGUGCCUCGUUGCCAAAAGCUGCCUUGUAGAAACCCAAACCAAACAACCCGUUUUAUUUUCCUCAUUCCUGAAACCUCCAAACCUGGUUGACUUGUCAGGGUGCAUUUUGCACAUUCCUGCUAGCAAGCCUGAAGGAUACGCCUAGUUCAGUCAUUGCUGGAAGGACAGAGAACAAGUAGUGUGAUCUGACGCAGGCCUCUCUUCACCCUGGGAUUGCUGCGGAAUUCCAGCAUCAGCGUGGAGAUGGAAACCUGGAGCACUGCAGUAUGAGCUGUAUGGAGGGACAGGAACUCUGCCGGGUGGCUGAUAAGAAAGCAGUACGUUGGGGUAAGCAAACCUGGGUAGCUGGAGAAGAAACACCUUCCCUUAGCUCCAAAUAUGUCUUGUUUUGUAAGAGGAGAGGAUGGGGACAAUCCCAAUGCAUUUAAAGGGCUCAAGUAACAUCAUGGGAGGACGUGAGGCCUGUCAAUAGUCAAAUGGGACUUGCAAUGACAAAAUGUUGCAAUGUUAAUCUGUUCAGGGUUCCAGCAGUUCUGUUCAAAAACCUUUUUGCCCUGGUUUUCCAUGGGGGGGGGGUAAGGAGGUGAGUUUUCCACACACACACCCUUUAUGCAAACGUUAUGGUUUCCCCCAGAGACCUGCUGAAGCAUCCUCCUUGCGCGCUGGUGCUGCCAUUCCAUUCCUCCCUCUCUCAUGACACCAGAACUCGUGGACAUCCAACAAAGCUGAUGUAGUGAUUCAUGAAGGACAAAAAGAAAGUGCUUCAGGCAGUGUGGAGUUAAACUACAGAGGUCACUCCCACGGGAGGCAGGGAGGGCCAACAACUUGGAUGGCUUUAAGAGAGGAUUAGACUAAGUCGUGGAGGAGAAGGCUAUGCUCCACCUUCACUGUUGGAGAUUUUAUGCUUCUGAAUACCAGUUGCUAGGAAUUACAAGCAGGCUGUUUCACUCAGGUCCUGCAUGCGGGCUUCUCAUGGGCAUCUCCAUGAGAGCAGGAUGCUAGACUAGAUGGGUCAUUAGCCCAUUCCAACAGGCUCUUCAUAUGUUCUUAUUUGGGCUAUCAGCCUAUCACAGCUUGAACACUGGAAGGGGCAAUAUGCCCCUUGAAUACCUGUUGCUGGUGAGUCUGAGCAGAGGAAAGCUGGUGUUGUUUGUGUGCUUUUCAUGGACUGCCAGGAGGCAUCUGCUUUGCAACGGUGGUGGACUAGAUAAAUUUAACAUGACGGUCCUUUAAAUCAUAUCCUUUGCAGUUUGCAACCCUCCAUACUGAAUGGCACAUACGAGUCACGUACUGAGAGCAUGUCAUUCAAAUAAAACAAAUACAAAGUUUAACGAAGUUCUGGUGGGCUGAAGCUAAGUAUAAUUUCAAGCCUACAUGCAUAGGUGCCAACUCCCUGGGGCCCUGGGUGCCCGAGCACCCACAAAAUUCCCCAUUAAGGGGCUGGGCACCAACAUAUUUCAGUGCCAGGGCCAUGCACACUGCAUGGCACCCGCGGCCCCGGGCACUCACGGUCGCAGGGCCAAGCUGGCACUCCUGACUGCAUGCACAGUAAUAAUUAGUAAAUAUUAUUAAUAAUAAUAAAAUAUAAAAGCACUCUUACCUACCUGGAGAGUCAACCCCUCCACCUGCCAUGGGGGAGGGGAGCAGGUGAACCUGGAGACAUCAGCUCUGCCCUGGGGUCCAGCAACCCUAUAUUGUAUCCAUCUCCUUUAACAAGAAAGGCAAUUCUUUCUCUUCAUCAUCAUAGCCAAUUUCAAGCAAACAACCCCCUGCCCUGCUCUGUUGAGUAAUCUGCUCUUGACUGCACAGGCAGUGAUAGCUCAGAACAUAAACGGUGACCAAUGAUACAGCAAAGUUUGGUUUUAGGGUAACACAAAAACUAAGGAAAAUGAGAUUAAGACCCAUCUGUGAAAAUAUGGAAAGCCUUUAUUGACUACUGUAUACAAAGGUAAAGAUCACUGUCAGCCUGUUCCCUGCCCUUGAUAUACUCUAAACUACUCUUCACCUCAAAAUUCCUGUAAAGAAAAUAUAAAGCAGAAAUAAAUUAUUGAGAUUACCAGUAUGUAUAAUUAUUGAGUCGUUUUCAACCUGUUGAUUCCCCACCCCUUGCAUCUGUUUUGUUUGUUUUGCUUUUAAUUUGCAACUUAAAAAUAGUUUAAUGAAGCGUAUUUUUUGAGCCAGAACCCACUCUUCCAUCACUUUGUUUCUCUUCGUUUUUAGGCACAGACAAAAGUCCCUAGAAAUGGAAGAGAGGAAGGACUCCACAAAGCUGAGCAAAUGCAAGCAGCCUGUGAAAACAGAGUGGGGAGCCCAGUGUGUGGUGUUUACCUACUUCCAAGGAGACAUUAACAGUGUGGUGGAUGAGCACUUCUCUAGAGCAUUGAGCGCAUCCAAAACUCCACAGGAUUUGAGCAGAAAGAACAGUGGUGAGGAUGCAAUUGUAAAACAUGGUGAGCUUCUCCUCCACAUUUUCUGGCUGCUGGUUACUUAUGUAAUAAUGUUGACUCACUGUGGACAAGAAACUUGUACAGCCACAGCUGCACUGUGGUUCUCUCCCUCAAAGAAUUCUGUGCACUAUAGUUUAGCCAUCGCAAAGACACAAUUUCCAUCAAACUUUAACAUACUACAGUGCCCAGAAUUCUUUGAUGGAGAGAAUGUGCUUUGAAUGUGCAGUGUGCACACAGCAUCCAUGAUAGUUUCCAGACAACCUGCUUACUAAGCAGUCAUUGUGACUGCUUUGCAGGGAGGUUAUACACUGUGGCAUCAAAGAAGUGCUACCCUACAUUUUCCUGUGUGUUUUCCUGCCUCUUUUUGUGAUGGGGGAGGGGGAACAGCUGUCCUCUUUCUUCUCCAGUUCAUUUAUGAAUCAAUUUGCAUGAAGCACCAUGAAGUGAUUGGCAAUAUUAUAACCCAGAUACAAAUACAUGAAACAGCCUAAAACAGCCACGGCACAUACAAAAGACCAAUUCAAAUCCAUGACAGAUACAAACUCAGGAAUGAUUGGUAACAACUGGACUUGGUUGGGUGGCCCAGGGUGUGUGGGGUCACUGGAGAUGGAGAGAUUUGUUUUAGCUUUCUCUCCUUACCUUCCACUCUUGCAAAGAUACUUUGAGGACUUAAGCAAUGCAGGUGCUAAAACAGAAGUAGGUUUUUGGUGACCAGACUCCUGUGGUUCUUGGUAUACAUUGCUGGAGGGCAUGAUUCUGUCUUUCAAUAGCUGGGCUUCCUGGAAGCCUUUGCACAGGGUAAGAAGGAAAAAGAUUUCAUGGUUGUGCCCACUGAGUGAUGCUUUCCUAGCACAUCCUUUAGUCAUCAGUAUCCUUAUGUUUGGGGUUACGUGUGGUCUCUCUGUGUUUUUGGUGGUUGUAUUUAUUAUAAAACAAUUUCAAAAUGCAAUAAAAAUGCAUUGAUUACAUCCUUCCUCCAUUUUAAUAAACAGAAAGCCACACAUCUCCCCAGCAGUGGAACUUCUCGCCGCAAUGGGCUAAGCCGUACCAUGCACCGCCUCCUUUAAACCUAUCCAGCUCCGAUGAUAAUGCAGCUGCUUCAGCGACAAGCCCCUAUCCUCCUCCUCUUCUCCAGGGCAUCACACCACCAGCUACAGAGCUAUGGCAGUUGCCUUCAGGGGACAACCCAAAUUUGACUGCAGCUUCAGUGUACCCUCCCUCUAUGCCCGACGUGCAUAUGACGCAGGGGUCUGUGUCAGAUGGGAAAUACGGGUCCCUGCUGGGUCUCUUGCAACAGGAAAGGUGUCCUUCGUCUGUCCAGGAGCCUCUCAAUUCUGGAUCUGCUUGUCCUACCAGCUCUGCUAGGUUACAAAAUAUGAGCCAGAGUUUAACUUCUAGGGGAGGUAAGUAA